AUGGGCAAGACGAAGGAGGUGAAGGAUGCGCUGGUCUCUGGAGCGCUCUCCGUGAACGAUCGGGAUGGGAAGGGAGACAGCUUGUUCCACAUCGCGGCAAGGAACGGACACAAGAACAUCAUCCGAGAGCUGCUGCGCCGGAACGUAGACUUCAGGGUCAAGAAUGCGGACGGGAAGCUGGCGUGGGAGCUUGCGGAGGAGUACAACUUC